AUGUCUGCAUCUAAGAAAGCAGUCUACACUGCCAAGGUGGCCCUGCCAAUGGCUGGCAAGGUCUUGAAUCAAGCCAUCACAGCUAAUGGCAUGGUCUACUGCUCCGGGCAGGUUGCUAUGGAUUCUAGUGGGAAGAUCAUCGAAGGCGAUGUCAAAGCCCAUACAAAGCAAAUUCUCGACAACCUGUCAGCCGUGCUGGAAGCUGCUGGCACUUCGAUGGAGAAUGUCGUCAAAUGCAACAUCUAUAUCGCAGAUGUGAAAGACUUCGCAGCUGUCAACGAAGUUUAUGCAAAGUACUUUGGUGAUGUGAAGCCAGCAAGAACGUACGCAAUGUGUGCAAUUGUUACACAAAUGGAUGCUGACGACCAGCAAGCUGUGUUCAAGCGUCACCACCUGUGCCCGUUCCCGUCGAGAUUGAAUGCACUGCAGUCCUACCGUCAGUCACACCUCAAUCAAGUAUGCAUUACCAAGCAGCUGACGGGUUAG